UGGGUAUGUCACGGUCUGUUUAUACUUGCGUAAAAACUAGACGCACGAGCUGAUGCUCAAACUCGCGCACAGGCUGACAAGGUAAACACAGCUGACUCAACGUAUCGGCAUCUUCACAUCAGAAACCAAGAGGCGCAUAAUUAACUGACAGCUCCAAAAAACAAGCACGUCCAAGAACCUCACCAUCUCUGUCACCUCAUUCUGCAUUAAUCAUGGUGGACAAAAUGGCCUCUUUGGGACAGGCGCUGCUGCGCCGUCGUGUACUGGACUGCUCCGGGGAGGAAACACGGUUCGCCCGAUGUCUGUCCACUCUAGAUCUGGUGGCCCUCGGCGUGGGCUCCACACUUGGCGCUGGAGUCUAUGUGUUGGCUGGGGAGGUUGCGAGAGAGAAGGCAGGUCCUGCUAUCGUCUUAUGCUUCCUUGUGGCCGCACUUUCCUCCAUGCUGGCCGGACUGUGCUAUGCAGAGUUCGGCGCACGAGUCCCUAAAACUGGAUCUGCAUACUUGUACAGCUAUGUGACGGUUGGAGAAAUCUGGGCCUUCAUCACUGGUUGGAACCUCAUCCUCUCUUAUGUUAUAGGUACGGCUAGUGUGGGGCGAGCGUGGAGCUCUACGUUUGACAACUUGGUCGAACAGAAGAUCUCGACCUUCUUCAGGGCGUCCAUGUCCAUGAAGGUUCCCGGGAAAGUUCUUGCGGAAUAUCCGGACCUGUUUGCCCUCAUUCUCAUCCUGCUACUCACUGGACUGCUUGCUUUUGGUGUAAGUGAGUCUGCUCUGGUAAACAAGAUCUUCACGGGGAUCAACCUGAUAGUGCUGGGCUUUGUCAUCAUCUCUGGCUUUGUCAAAGGCAACACAGCCAACUGGAACCUCACAUAUGAGGACUUCGUCAAUGAUACAAAUAUCACCGAACCAGAACGGGUGGAAAGCACAUUUGGAAGUGGAGGUUUCGCACCGUUCGGCUUCGGCGGCAUCUUAUCCGGCGCAGCCACCUGUUUCUACGCCUUUGUGGGCUUUGAUUGCAUUGCUACAACAAGUGAGGAAGCCAAGAACCCGAUGCGCUCCAUCCCUGUGGGCAUUGUGGCCUCUCUGCUCAUUUGCUUCUUUGCUUACUUUGGUGUGUCAGCUGCUCUUACGCUCAUGAUGCCCUACUACAAACUCAACACCCAGAGUCCCCUGCCCGAGGCCUUCAGUUACGUGGGCUGGGCACCGGCACGUUAUAUUGUAGCCGUCGGUUCACUCUGUGCCCUUUCAACAAGUUUGUUGGGCUCCAUGUUCCCUAUGCCUCGAGUGAUCUACGCUAUGGCAGAGGACGGGUUGCUCUUCCGGUCCCUCUCCAGGAUGAACAAGAGAACCAAAACGCCGCUGCUGGCGACUAUUGUGUCUGGAAUAGUGGCAGCUCUCAUGGCGUUUCUGUUUGAUUUGGCUGCAUUGGUUGAUCUCAUGUCCAUUGGGACAUUGCUUGCAUACUCUCUGGUGGCCGUGUGUGUUCUCAUCCUCAGAUAUCAGCCAGGCACGCUGAGCUCCUCCAGUCAGACUGAGAAACUGGUGGAACUGGUCGGUGGGGAGAAGGUGGCUGUAUGUGGAGAUAGUGGAGAUGAAUAUGGCAUAGACCUGGAUAACAAUCCCCGCAAAGAGAAAUUCUCCCUGAAACUCCUCCUGGUUCCUUCCAAGGACUCGCCGACUGAAAUGUCAGGAACGAUCGUCUACGUCACAACCGCUGUUAUCUCUGUGCUGAUCACCGCGCUGUGUGUGGUUUUGGCCGUGCGUCUGGAAGACAUUGUGAAUCUUGAGAUGGUGUGGGUGAUGGCGUGUGUCAUUCUGGUCCUGCUGUGCAUGCUGUGUGUCAUCGUGAUCUGUAGGCAGCCUGAGAGCAAGGAAGCUCUCACCUUCAAGGUGCCUCUGUUGCCCUGGCUGCCCCUCUUCAGUGUCUUUGUCAACAUCUAUCUCAUGAUGCAGCUGGACGUGGCCACCUGGUGCCGCUUCACCGUGUGGAUGGCUAUCGGUUUUGCAAUCUACUUUGGCUACGGCAUCCGGAACAGCACCGAGGGCAUGAACAGCUCCCUCCGAAAAUAUGAGCCAGCCCUUCAGAACAAAAGCCCCAUAUAUAUAGGCGUCGAGGAGAGUGAAGUGGAGGGCAUUUCUCCUUGAUAGGGAGAGAACGAUGGGUUUAUGCUGCCCUACGUAUUUUCAUUUGAGGUCUGCAGAUUUAUAGUAAAUAUCAUGGCUCAUUUAUUGUAGAAACCGCCCCAAACAUCUCAAUUGCUAAAGGAUUCCUCAUCCUCUUGAAAUGAACCCCAAGAGUUUUCCGUUAGAGAUUGUCAUGCAGCCUUGGCCCUCCAGUACUGUAAAUGCUGGUUUGAAAGUCCUGGCUAGUACUGUAAUGGCCGUAUUGUUCGGCAGACAGUGAGCUGACCGUGUACAGGGUAUUUUAUUUUCAGGAUCGAGUUCCAUGCACAUUGUUUGUUCGCUAAAGCCUUUGGGUCCAAAAUGGUUUCCCAGCGCGACUUUGCGGAGUUCAACAGGGACCCCUAGUGUUCAGAAUUUGAAAAUGGCAAAACCAGACAGUAUUUGUUGUGGUCAUUAGUCACUACUGUAAGACAGAAUAAUUGAAGAACUGAAACUGGAAAAAAACUGACUUUGUAAAAACGUUCAUGUCUUUGAGAGUUGAAUGGAUAGAAAAAUGGUUUCAAUUUCCAAAGCAUGUUAUUGGCCAAUGUGGUAUCAAAUGAUGUAUUUGAUGUAUUGUACAGUUUGUGUGUGUGUGUGUGUGAGAGAGAGAGAGAGCAUUUUGAAUGGAUUAUACAAUUUGCGCCAGAAAGUGUUCCGCUUUACAAAAUAUUAAAUUAUUUUGGGGGAAAACUGUUUUUAUAUAGACAUGUAUAGUAGUUUACCCAUCCAACUUCCUUAAACUUGACGAUUGUAUUUCAGCAUACUGUAUAACAGUGUUUCCAGAUGACAUUUAUGGAAGGUUGCCUUAGUAACUAUUGUUUCUGCCAAAACUACUUACACUACUGUUCAAAAAUGUAUUGUUUAAAUGUAUUAUUAUUAUUAUUAUUAUUUAAAUACUGUUAUUCUGGAAGUAUGCCUUAAAUUGAAAAUUGACAGUGAAGACAUAAUAUUAUAUAGGAUAAUAUCAGAAAGGAUCGAUGUCAAAGAAUCUUGAUUUUUUUUUAUAAUAAUUAAUUUGAAUAUACUAAAAUUAUAAUAAACUUACAAUGUAUUGAAAUAUUAAAAGGCUGGAUUUUAAAAUAUAUUCAGAUAGAAAAGGGUUAUGUAGAGCUAUUUAGCUGUUUCUGAUCAAAUAAAUGUAGCCUUGAUGAGCAGAAGAGACCUAAAGCACAACAGUGGCGUAUCUAAAGUUAUCUUUACCAACUGGUGAUAGGAUUCUGAAAGCUACUUCUAUUGUUUGAAGGAAAUACCCAAUAAUAAUCUUUCAUUUUUAACUGUAAUAUUUGAGCAGAAACUAUGGUUACUGUGCUAACUUACUGUAAUAACCAGCUCACAGGUCAACCUAAACUGGCCUGAAGACUGAAAACCUAAAGAGCCUUUGUUUCAUAUCUGAAGGUGUAGAUACUUGAGAAAAAGUGUCACUAUUUUUGACCAGAUUAUUAUUAUUAUUAUUAUUUGAUUAGAUCUUUUUAGUUUCCAUUGAAACUUGUUCUUGGCCGCAUGGCUGUUGAGCUCAUGUCAUACUUUUUUUUUUCUUUUUUGUGUUUAUUGUAGAGAUGUUUUAAUGUAGUGGAUUACUAGUUUACUGUUUCUCAAUCAAACUUGUUGAUUAUCUUGGGCUCCUAUCAUACCUUUCUGAUAUUUAAUGGUAUAAAUAUUUAAGCCCUUCAGGUUUUUUUUUUUUCAUUGUAAUUGUGUUCAGAUAAUCGAAGAGCAGAGGCUUGUCUACACAACAGAAUAGAGUAGAAAUCGUUUAAAACCACUAUUGUUUUUAAACCCAUUUUAACGACGCAUAUUUUUGUAUAGCUUUAUUAUAUUAGUGUUUCACAAUCAGCUAAAAAUUGUUCUGUUUACAUGUACCAGAAAUGUAGAGUUUAGGAUGACACAUUAUCGUCUGAUCCCAGGCAUUACGAAGUCUUGAUUGAGUCUGGAGACGUGUAUGUCUCCUGUAGAUCAGUGCCUGAAGUUUCAAAUGUACCUCAAAGAUGGUUGGUAUAUGCCUUUGAGAUACACUUGUAGUGUUACAUGUGUUUAUCAGUAUAUAAAUAUAUAUAUUUUGUUUGUCUUUGGGUUUUUUAAACUGUAAAUAUUCACGCCAUGUACAAAGAAAUGAGCUGUAUUAUAAAAAAAUAAUGUUUGUGUUUUUCUUUUUUUUUAAAUAAAAGGUUUUGUAAA